UGCGUGGAUGUGUGUUUAGGAAAUGAGAGGGGCGUGUGUAGAGUUGUGAAUACAGCCCUCGCAGUGAAGUCUGAAGCAACAGCUGGACCAGCAGUCAGCCUGUCCCUGUGAGGAGCGCCGCAGAUGUUACAGGGCAUCCCAUAGCAUUGGGUCAGUCUGGUAAAGAAGCUUUUAUGAUGCCGUCGCUGUCUGGAGUUCGAUGGACUUUUUUCUUCCUCUCUUUGCUGUGGGAGAGCCCAGAAGCUCAGAGUGGAGAGGUGCAGUGCUCGGUGGCCGGUCCAGUGGGGCCCCAGCACCCUGUUCAGGGUCUGCUGGAAAGGUUCGAAGCAGGCCCGGGUUGUGCUGCUAGAGAACGUGGAAACAAGGAAACUCAUGUCAUUGCAUUAAGAAGAGUGACAAACAGUCCAGAAAACAAGGUGACGGUGCUGAUGAAGCCUUUGUCGCUGUCUCCCUCCCCUCUGAGGGUAGUCCACCUGGUGCUCAUCUCCAAAGUCCCAGUUAUCUGGUGGCUGGAUGCUGAGAGACUGCCCACCAACCUCCCAGUGCUGGUGCAGGUGUCCUCAAAUGCCAGCGUACAGUCCAGUACCCUGCGUUUGCACGUCCAAACGAUGCAUUCUUUGCCUUUUCGCCCCCGUGCGCUGCAUCGCUGGGCUCUGAAGCAUCACGGCAACCUAUCCUCUCUGACGCACUCAUCGCAUGGCAAUCGAGUCUACCUUCGACUAGGAGAGGAUCCAACGCUGCCUCCUGUGUGUCAGCUGCAGUCCAUGUUUAUCUCUCGCAACUACAUGACCUCUGACUUGCAGCCACAGGAAGUGCAGGGCUGCACCCACACGCAAGCAGGUGGGGCCAGCCCUGAAGUCCACGUGAUCAAGCUCCAUUCACCGGGCUCAGGCCUCUGUGGCUCUAUGCAGGUAGAGGUGAGUGUAUCUCUUGUGCCUCCAGUGACCAACUCAAGAGGACACAAGGUUGUCUUAAUUCUCAGCAGCUCUGUGCCGGUCAACUGGGCCAUUGCUGCUCAUGGUGUCCAGGGUCACAUCUCUGUUCAUUCCUCCAACAGUGUGUCUCCACCCUACCCACCUGAGCCUGGCCUAACGGUUGCCAGCACGCUUGACCCUGACCUGUCUAGUAUAUCUGACCUUCUUCUGUGGGCCAGUGAGAGUGGCUUCACCAAGGUGACCUCUUACACUGAGGCUGACCUGGCCAAUCACUUUGUGAUCCAGUUGGCUGAGGGGGGAGCAGAUAAGUUUGCAGUGAUGAAUCCACUGGUUGCAAGGCCUCCCAAGGAAGAAGAGCACAGGCUGAGGCAGUGGCUGAACGGUGGAGGCAGAGCAGGAGGAGGGCAACAGGGUUUCACAGUGAACUGUGAAGGCGGACGCCUCAGCGUGAUGCUGGAUAAAAGCAUCCUGCAGAGCCUGUCUGUCCCGGUGGCUGCCCUGACACUACGUGACCUGACUUGCCAGGCUGAGUCCAAUGGAAGCCAUUUCCUGUUAGUGUUCCCAGUCAUUUCCUGUGGGACUGAGGGCCUGCUUCUGGGAGAGCCUAGAGGGGUGCAGUACAAAAACACGGUGUUAAUAUGGAGUGACAAACCUCAGACCAUCCUUUCCCUCAAUGGCACAGAGAAGUCCAAAGGUCCACUUGGCAUACGUUUUAGCUGUUUUUCUGCUGUCCCUGGCCAUCCCAGCGGUGCUGCUGGUAAUGAUAACGUAAACACUACUCAGACAGAACUGAUCCCUUGGGUGCCAGAAGGUCCGUGGCCCAAUACAGGACUAAGCCACUUCCCAGCACCGAGGCACAGAUCUGGGCCAGUUCUUCUUUUGCAGCUUUUUGUCACAGACAGCUACGAGCAGAGGCGGAUCGGUCCCUGUGUCAUCACUGCUGACCAGCGUGUCUAUGUUCAGAUUUCAGCCCAAGCACCUCUGGCAGAUGUUGUGGAAGUGAAGUCAUGUGUAGUCUCUUCUUUCUCAGACCCCAAAAAAUCUCCCUUCUGGACCGUGAUAAGUAACGGCUGCUCCUCUGACCCCUCACUGACCCUCAGUGCAAAGACAAAACAUGAGCAAGCAGAGGCUGAAGAUAAUGGUAAACUGGAAGAGGAAAUGGAAGAGAUGGAGGGGCUGGGAAACAGCAGAAUUUAUCAAAUAGGUGAAAAAAGAGAAAGUGGAAGAAGGACAGACAAGAAGACCAUGAGUACGUCAGCAGAGGCGGAAAUACAGCCCUUAAGAUUUAGCUUCAUCCUGCGACCAGUUUAUAAUGACUCAAUGCAGUUCCUCCACUGCAGCCUUCGCCUCUGUGUCUCUGACUCCACAAGAGGGGAACCCAUGAAGGAAACCGUAAAGAAUGACUGUCAGGGCAGGCAACGCAUGCCUCUGCUUCUAUAUAGAUCACCCAGGCAUCAGUGUGAGAUCAGAAACCUCUCCAGACCCAUGGUGGUCACCCACCCUAUCAGUUCACUGUCUCCUAAAAUGAGGACCCCUACUGGCCAAAGAAUCAAGAGGCUAAGCGUCACUCCACUGGCCAGACCAGAGCCGGAGCGCAGCGGCUCGGUGGUGGAGGCUGGACCAGUGAUGGGAAUCGUCUUUGCAGCCUUUGUAAUGGGUGUCGCGCUGAUGGGGGGGUUGUGGUGCAUCUAUAAUUAUACAGAACGGUCAGCGUAUUAUAGAGGCCAUUUAACAGACCAGACUCACGGAGAGCACAGCAUCUGGAACCCGCCUUCAGUGUCUGAUCAGUCCUCCAGCUCAGUGUGAGGUACGGCCUGAAGGAUUUCCUCCUGCAAAUCUGAGAAUGGAGAACUGGGACAGAGGUUUUAACAUCUUCUCUGUGUGUGUGUGUGUGUGUGUGUGUGUGUGUGUGUGUGUGUGUGUGUGUGUGUGUGUGUGUGUGUGUGUGUGUGUGUGAGAGAGAGACCAUUUCUCCCCUCUUUGCCGUGCAUCUGAAAUGCAAGAGGCCGGAUACUGUAUAUGCUAAUGUGAAUACAAUGGCGCUUACUCAUCGCAGCGUUGUGAAGAGAGGUGUGACUCAAAGUGAGACUGUGCUUCUUUGUCCCGUUUGAUGAUGCUGCCAACCAUUCAACGCAGAGUCGGUUCAAAAGUGGCAGCGGACUGUCACAUGUGGAGAAACAUUCGUGGAUUUGACAGAAUCUAAACACGGUUGGACUGAGUCACUGAAACCGCAUUGCCAUUGUUGUCUAUAUAGAGAGAACACGAGGUCACAGAGGUGACAGUGAGUCUGCCUGAACAGUCAGCUUUUUUUACAUUUUCAAUAUUUAUGUUAUGAAUCAGCUGGAUGUUAAAACUGCCUUCAACUGUGUGUGAAAUCUGUGUAUAAGUGAAAACUAAGACGUAUUAA